AUGGAGAUGGUGGUGGUGGAGAUGACGAUGGUGGAGGUGGCGACGUAUAAAUAUAAGGUGGUGGAGGAGGAGAUUUCAGUGGAGGUGGUGGAGACUUAUAUAUGUACGGAGGUGGUGGUGAAGGUGACGGUGGAGGAGGAGGAGAUUUNUGGUGGUGGUGGAGAUGGCGAUGGUGGAGAGGUGAUGGUGGAGGAGGAGGAGAUUUCAGUUCAGGUGGUGGAAACUUAUCUACGUACGGUGGUGGUGGUGAAGGUGACGGUGGAGGAGGUGAAGAUUUCAGUAGAGGUGGUGGAGACUUAUAAACGUACGGAGGUGGUGGUGAAGGUGACGAUGGAGGAGGAGAUUUGUAAAUAUAUGGAGGUGGCGGAGAUGGCGAAGGCGGAGAUGGCGAUUUAUUGAUGUAUGGUGGGGGAGGAGAAGGCGAUGGUGGUGGAGGCGACUUAUAUAUGUACGGAGGAGGUGGGGACAAUAAAGAAGGUGGCGGUGAUCUGUAGACAUACGAAUUUGGCCGCGGUUCAUUGGCAACUACAUUGGUGGCUAUCAAACAAAACGCGAGGAAUAAAGCAAAGUGGCGCAAGCCGUGCAUCAUCGGUAGCGUCCCCAUUUUGUGGAUGCUCCCAAGUUUUCUACUAAAGGGAUUCAAGGGUU